ACCUGAUUAUGAUUCCAAUUGAUUGUGAAGGAGGAUCUAAGUGGAAAUUAGGAAAUUGAUUUCGCUUGGUCAUUAUUGUAAGAUGCGACGAUUCCGAUCACGAGAUCUCUACGUCGUUUCUGCGUGACACUGCAUCCCCAAUUUCGGUUCUAUUAGAUUUCACGUAAUAAGACUCUCGUGUGGUGCUGAAAUUAUUGCCGAUCCUCAAUUUGACUAAACACGUAUCCGUACCGCUAAUGCUAAAUUUAGGUCGUAUUAUCCACUUACGUUUCUCGGCAGUGGUGUAUAAAUGCGUCGGUCGGUCGUUUCGUACACCGUACUCGUUCAUUGUUAGGCUUAAUUAGAAGAUUGUCGCAAUGACACUAUCAUGACGUGUGUAAUCGCGGCGCUGUGCAAUUCUCUUUUUCACCCGGCUACGCUGUGAUUCGCGUCAAGGUAGUCGUCUCUCGGCUUCCGCGAUAGACUUGCCACUCUUACGCCAAUCGUCCUUGUUAACUUGAGUGUGCUGUCUGGUGCCGGAAAGCGAAAUUUGUUCUAAUACCUGUAAACUUCUCGCAUCUUUAUAUUAUCUUCUCGCGUACUUAAUUCGUAAAAAGUGAACUUAAUCGUCUGAAUGCUUUUUCAAAUGUUGACCAAAUUUUUAUAAACGAUUUUAACAUUAUCAAUUAUAUAGAUGAUUAAAUAUAGCUGAAUUCUUUCGCGAUCUACCUCAUUCUUCGUGUAGAUGUAGACGAUAGCGUGAUCGUUCGCUGUUACUUCCACGACUUUAGUAAAACGCGUUUAAGCGUUAAAACGAUACCUGACCUAUCCACUCUGAAAUUUUGGGAACGACAUACGUUCCUUCCCUGCGAGUACUCUAUUAGAGCGACGAGAUUCCGUUUUGCAACAAGAUGACUUCGGAGGGUACCUCGGAUGAUUUAGGCUUGGCUAAUUGGGCGCCAGAAAUGCCCACCGUACAAGAGAUCGGUGAAUCGAUGCAGAAUUUCGGUACACCGGAUUACAUCGUGUUCGCCGUGAUGCUGAUCGCCUGUGGCCUCGUCGGCAUCUACUUUGGCUUCGUGAAGAAGUCCUCCGGCGAAGACGAGUACUUGGUUGGCGGAAGGAACAUGAAGACGUUUCCGGUCAGCCUCAGCUUGAUAGCAAGCUUUAUUUCGGGUAUCUCGUUGCUGGGUACCCCAACGGAGAUUUACGUGCACGGUACGAGUUACCUCUUUAUCGGGGUCACGGUCAUCGCUGUCGGUUUCGCCAUAUCCAUCGUAUUUCUGCCGGUUUUCCACGAUCUUAAACUCACCAGCACGUACGAAUAUCUCGAGAAACGUUUUGACAGAAGAAUGAGAGUGCUAGGCUCGGUCCUCUUCGCCAUUGGUAUCAUGACUUGGCUUCCGAUUGUCAUCUACGUACCUGCAUUGGCAUUUAAUCAAGUUACGGGAGUGAACAUACAUAUAAUCACACCUUUCGUGUGCAUCGUUUGCAUAUUCUACACUUGUGUGGGUGGUCUCAAAGCGGUAGUGUGGACGGAUUUCAUUCAGACUUUCUUGAUGUUCGGUUCCAUGUUGUUAAUUAUAAUUAAAGGCACAACCGACGUCGGUGGAUUGUCCUUGGUGAUUCGAAGAAAUCUAGAAUCCGGAAGACUCGAAUUACCAUCAACAGAUUGGAGCCCUUUGACGAGACACACGAUUUGGGCGAUCAUGAUAGGCGGUUUCGUACACUGGCUGCAAAUCUCCGCUAUCAAUCAAAAUAUGAUUCAACGAUAUUUGGCGCUCCCUACUUUGCAGUCAGCUAGAAGAGCACUCUGGUGUUUUAUAGUCGGAGUUAUAAUUUUGAUUGGCUUGUGCGGAUAUUCCGGUCUACUGAUUUAUGCCUGGUAUCACGAAUGUGAUCCACUCACGACAAAGCUAGCACGUGCCAAGGAUCAAUUGCUGCCACUGUUGGUCAUGAACGUUUUAGGAGAGUUUCCAGGACUGCCCGGUCUCUUUGUGGCUGGCGUAUUUAGUGCCGCACUCAGUUCACUAUCGACCGGUUUGAACUCCAUGGCGGCAGUCGUACUGGAAGAUUUUGUCAAGCCUUUCAUCAAGACUCCAUUUACACGUAGAGGUGCUGAUAUCUUUAUGAAACUUACGGUCAUCAUUUUGGGCGUGAUAUGCGUCGCCCUCGUCUUCGUUGUCGAACAGGCGGGCAGUCACGUGUUGCAGUUAUCUAUAAGCUUAGGCUCCAUUACUAACGGACCAUCUUUCGGCAUUUUUGCUAUGGGAAUACUGUUACCAUGGAUUAAUGGCAAGGGUGCUCUGGCCGGAGGACUCGCUGGUUUGAGCUUUAUGGGUUGGCUCGGCCUUUCUGCCCAAACGGCUAUCUCCAGUGGACAAAUUAAAUUCGAUGUGAAACCUGUUACUACAGAGGGAUGCACUUAUUCGUUUCCUCAGGCGGAGAAUUUACUGCUAUCUGUACCACCAGAUUCAAUUCUGGAUGAUGCAAAUAAAGAAGAACCAUGGGCAUUGUAUCGGCUCAGUUAUCUUUGGUAUACUAUGACUGGUACCAUAGUGACUAUAGGCGUUGGUCUCCUCGUAACUCUUGUUACCUCUCAAAAUGUUGAAAAGUUAGAUCCGAUGCUCGUGGCUCCUUUUAUGAGAAAAUAUAUAAGCAGCAGGAGCAAAGAUGUUGCACUCGAAGAGCUUCACCAAGUCAAGAUUGCAAACUCUGAGAAGAAAGAAAAGGUGGCAUCUCGCACUAUUAACGAAGAUGAUAAAUUAUUAGAAGCGACUACGACAUGAUACAAUUGUAUACAGUUAAGUUAUAAAAUUAAUCAUUAUUAAAAUUUUCGAAUAAAUUAAAAAAGAUAUUUGUUUUUUUUUUAGCAUCGAUUUGUGUUAGAGCCUAAUGUAAGUUAGAAUUAAACAGAAGCCUUGUACAAAGUUUAUACAUAUAAUAUACUCCUGGUAAUAUUAUAUGUGCAUUGUGAAAAUUAUAUAUUAUAGGUUAUUACGGAUAUUGUUUUUACUUAAGCAUCCUGCAAUAAAUAAUACUAAUAGAUUGUACAAUAUAA